UCUUCCUUUCCUUCCCCUCCAGAAUUAGCCAUUCUUAACUGUCCCCCAACUGCCGCCGGCGGGCGCCCUGGGAUGCUCUUGUACACAGUCCAGUUCUUGUGCUCCCUCCUGCGCGCCCUCCACAAGGCCAUGGCGUCCCUGCUCUGCUCCCCCACGCUCUCCGUGCCAGCAGCGUCGCCUCUUUCGCUGCGCAGGGGGAAUGUCAGUAAGGUGCACCCGAUCCAGUGCUUCGAUCAGGAGCAGCUGCUGAUGGUGCCCACCGCGCUGUCCAUGGAUGUCUUUGGGGCCUGCAAUGUUGGCAACGAUAUUAAGGUGGAGCAGCAGCAGGUGGAGAAGACGAAGAAGAAGGCGGCGUGGGCGGCGAAGAGGAGGCCAUCGAUGCUGGUGAUACCGGUGAGUGCACCGCCUGAGGCCGGCCAGGCGGUGGUGGCUGGAUGGGGAGUGGCGGCGGCUGUCGCGGAGAAAGAGGCCGAGGCGGAGGUGGAGGGAGAGGGGUUUUGGGUGGCCAGCAGGAGAGGAGCGAGGCACGGAAUGGAGGAUUCCUAUGGUGUGAUCACUCACAAAGAUGGAGCAGAUUCCCAGCUGGCAUUCUACGGGGUGUACGAUGGACACGGGGGCCGUGCGGCCGUGGACUUGGUCUCCGACCGCCUCGGCAAGAACGUGGUGUCCGCCGUGCUGGCUGCCACGGAGGCGACGCACGACGCUGUCACGGCGGCGAUCCGAGCCGCCUACGUGGCCACCGACAGCGAGUUCCUGCGCCAGGGCGUGAGAGGUGGUUCGUGUGCCGCAACGGCGCUGGUGAAGGGCGGCGACCUCUACGUGGCGAACCUCGGCGACUGCCGCGCCGUGAUGAGCCUCGACGGAGCCGCCACCGCCCUCACCUCCGACCACACCGCCGCCCGGGACGACGAGAGGGCCCGCAUCGAGAACUCGGGCGGGUACGUGAGCUGCGGCAGCAACGGCGUGUGGAGGGUGCAGGACUGCCUGGCGGUGUCCCGGGCGUUCGGCGACGCGGGGCUCAAGCAGUGGGUCAUCUCGGACCCGGAGAUCAGGAGGCAGCCACUGACGCCGGGUUGCGAGUUCCUCGUCCUCGCCUCCGACGGGCUCUGGAACAAGGUGUCCAACCAGGAGGCCGUGGACGCCGUCGCCAGGAGCCGUCGGAGUUCAAGUUAUUGCUGCAAGGAGCUCGUGGACUUGGCGAGGGGGAGAGGCAGCAGGGAUGACAUCACCGUCAUGGUGGUCGACCUUGAGAGGUUUCUGCGAUAGCGAUGCUCUCUGAACCGGACUGACACAAGACAUGCAUGCUUUCAGUUUUCAUGUGGAAGAAAUAACAACGGCAGAUGCUCUAGAUCUCUGUGGAAUGCUCCAAGGGCAGACCCCGAUGCUAUGGUGAGCAGCGUCGAGAAGGGGAUCGAAACUGGAGUAGCAAGCAAAUUAUCCGGACCGCCCCCGAUCUUGGGAGCAGAGAUACAGAGAAGCGAAAACUAACGUUGAAACUAACAAAUUAUGGUUCGUGUGGUUCGUGUGACGGAUCAAAAGCAGAGACACGGGAAAAGUGGACUGCAGAGCUGCGCCUGAAUUGAUCAUCUGUACAUACCGCGCCGAAAUUGUUUUGUUUAGCGGCAACUUGAAUAUCAGUUUGGCUUUUGUCGUUCG